AUGGCAAGAACACUUUUUUUGACUCUGGCGCUAGUAAUUGUAUGUGCCGUAAUUGUUUCGUCUCAAAGUCCCCGUGAAGGAAAACCACCAGGUGCUGAAAAACCGCCAAGUGGCGGCAUAAAACCACCAGGUGGCGGAAAAUCACCGGGUGACGAAGAACAACCAGGUGAUGAAAAAACACCAGGUGUCGAAAAACCACCAGGUGGCGUUAAACCUCCAGGUGACGUAAAACCACCAGGUGACGUAAAACCUCCAGGUGACGUAAAACCACCAGGUAGCGGAAAACCACCAGGUGACGUAAAACCACCAGGUGGCGGAAAACCACCAGGUGACGUAAAACCACCAGGUAGCGGAAAACCACCAGGUGACGUAAAACCACCAGGUGACGUAAAACCUCCAGGUGACGUAAAACCACCAGGUAGCGGAAAACCACCAGGUGACGUAAAACCACCAGGUGGCGGAAAACCACCAGGUGACAUAAAACCACCAGGUGACGUAAAACCACCAGGUGACGUAAAACCACCAGGUAGCGGAAAACCACCAGGUGACGUAAAACCACCAGGUGUCGAAAAACCACCAGGUGGCGUUAAACCUCCAGGUGACGUAAAACCACCAGGUGACGUAAAACCUCCAGGUGACGUAAAACCACCAGGUAGCGGAAAACCACCAGGUGACGUAAAACCACCAGGUAGCGGAAAACCACCAGGUGACGUAAAACCACCAGGUGUCGAAAAACCACCAGGUGGCGUUAAACCUCCAGGUGACGUAAAACCACCAGGUGACGUAAAACCACCAGGUAAAGGAAAACCGACAGGUGACGUAAAACCACCAGGUGGCGGAAAACCACCAGGUGACGUAAAACCCCCAUUUGACGUAAAACCACCAGGUGACGUAAAACCACCAGGUGAUGAAAAACCACAAGGUGAAGGAAACCUACCAGGUAACAAAAAACCACCGCGUGACCAAAAUCCGCCGCGGGAUAGGAUACCUCCAUCAGAUGGUCCAUCAGUAGAUUCGGCUGUUAAUGUAACAACAUCAACCACAGCAGCCCCAUAA